CUGCCUGCUCGCGCGAGUCCGUCCGUCUCGCUCCGCGUUCGUCGUUGCUCGACCGUGUUCUGGGGAGCUGCUACUGCCGCCGCCGCCGCCGCCUCGCGCCGCGACCGUUGACAGCCGUUGACACAGCCGUUGACAGCCCGCCCGCCAGCUCGCGGGGAGUAUGCCCGGCCGCGCCGCGCACCAGGAGGCGGCGGCGGCGGCGGCGGGAGGACCGGAGCCCACUGCAGCCGGGGGGAGCGCGGGGGGGGCCGCCGCGCAGCAGGAGCAGCGGGGCCUCGCGGGCGCCUUCCCGCUGGUGCUGAAGAAGCUGAUGGAGAACCCGCCGCGGGAGGCGCGCCUGGAUAAAGAGAAGGAGAAGAUAAAGCUUGAGGAAGAUGAGGCAGCAGCUGCCAGCACUAUGGCAGUCUCGGCUUCCCUUAUGCCGCCCAUUUGGGACAAAACCAUUCCUUAUGAUGGCGAGUCUUUCCACCUGGAGUACAUGGAUCUGGAUGAGUUCCUGCUGGAGAAUGGAAUUCCUUCCAGCCCUACUCACCUGGAUUUGAACCAGAAUCCACUCUUGCCUGUGUCUGAGCUGGAAGGAAAGGAGUCUGCCAGUGCUUCCACUGGUUCUCCUGCAUCAUCCUCUUCCACUGCAGUUUACCAGCAAUCUGAAGCAGCCUCCAGCACAGAGUCCCCACCACAAAAUGAGAGAAAUACUCCCAGCCCCAUUGAUCCUGACUGCGUAGAAGUUGAGGUGAAUUUUAACCCUGAUCCUGCUGAUUUAGUGCUGUCCAGUGUGCCUGGUGGUGAGCUCUUCAAUCCUCGCAAGCACAAGUUUACUGAAGAGGACCUGAAACCACAACCAAUGAUUAAAAAAGCCAAGAAGGUUUUUGUCCCAGAUGAGCAAAAGGAUGAAAAAUAUUGGACAAGGCGAAAGAAGAACAAUGUGGCAGCAAAGCGUUCCCGUGAUGCUCGGCGAUUAAAGGAGAAUCAGAUCACAAUUCGGGCAGCCUUUCUUGAGAAAGAGAAUACGGCCCUGAGGACGGAGGUCGCAGAGCUACGCAAGGAAGUGGGACGAUGCAAGAACAUUGUUUCUAAAUACGAGACCAGAUACGGACCCUUUGACUUAUCUGAUUCCGAGUGAUGCAACUUUAAAGACUUUUAAAAACAAAGCAACUAAAAAGCACACAUGAAUCGCCAGUCUUCAGAGUGAGCAGUGAAAUCUAUGAGGUGUCCCAACACAAACAACUGACGAUGACCCUGCCUGCCUGCUUGCCUGCAAGUACCCCAUCUGAACUACCCAGGGCUGGGCAUGAUGAAAAGUGCAAAGUCUCCUUAAUUCUGUAUAUGGCUUUCUUAUCUGUCUUUCUCACUGUAACUAUGAACUACAAUAAGCUUACUUAUUGGGGUUUUGUCAAGACACUCAAAGUUCAUGUCUCAAAGUCUGUUGACAGCCUGUGUGAAUAGUGACUCUUUGUUUUGGCACUCAAGUGGAAGAAAAUAGGGAGCUUUAAAUGAAAGUGUAUAUAUUAAGAACUGCUAUAUUUUAAGACUCUUUUUCUUUUCCCUGCAGUAGGAUGAAUUUUAUUUAAUACUGCGGCUCACUUCUGGUACAGCAUAGUAUCUUGUGGACUACUGUGGGUGCAGAAUUAAAGACACCAGGACAACAACAGUCUGUGAUGUGUGAGACUUGCAGUGCAGAAAAAUACAGCAGAUGUAUUGAAACAAUCCAGAAAGCACCACAGUUUGCCGUAGCAAGAGUAGUAAUAAACCUCUAUCAAAUGACCCAUGUAAUAGUAAAACACUUCGGUUGCUUUCCUGCUCCACAGCUAUACUGCUGUAAGCUGCCUUUUCCUUUGUUUCUUUUUAUCAGGCUUGCUUGCUUUUAUGGUAUCUUGCUGAAACAAGAUCUAUUCUUCUGUUAAUGAUUUAGCAAUCAUGGAAAAGGUGCUAGUCUGAGCUGCUGAUCCUCAUGACUUUUGGCAGUCUGAAACCGCCGACUGAGUAUUAGCUCCAGCAAAACAACGUCUGUUAGCUGCCAUAUUACAAUUUUCUGUCUCUUGACUACAUGAGAACUGCAGUGGCGAAAGAGCACUUUGUUCAUCUGUUUCAUAGAACUGAAACAGCCAACGAUUUCCCACCGUUACAAUGGGCAGCUUAAGUAUCAAGACCCUUGUGCUGGUGUGGGAGAGUAGAUGAAAGCUUGGACAGAUUGCGGGGAUGUUUAUUGUGUGUAGAAGAUGGAGGAAGUAGGUGGAAGUUCCUUUGUAAGAGUUUCAUCAGCAUAACAAAAAUCUACUCUUAUAUUGAGGAAGCUUAAGAGCUAAAUUUGCGUGGGAAGAAAAAGAGCACUUAAUUUCUGGGCCAUGCUUGUAGCCAAAGUGGAGCUUGUAAGACAGGAGUGAAAAAUGAUCAAGCGUAUUCAUAAACAGCAUACAUCUCAAGAAAAAUAAUCCUGACAGCUUUCAGAAGCACAAGUGCCAAAACUAUGAGGCACAACUAGUUACCAGCAAAGCUCAACAUUAUCAUGUUGGGCAAGUAUUUUGACUCUGCAUUUAGCCAAGAGAUUCCACCCCUAAUUUCAGAGCAGAAAGGCAAAGAGGAAAAAGGUGCAAAGAAGCAGCUAAUGUGAACUUAAUUUAAAAAAAAAAAAAUAAUAAAAAUUUCAAAACUCUGAAUUUAUAACCAGUUUUUUGAAGACAUAACCUUUGUAAAGAGCAUAUACAUUAAAUGCCAUUAUUAACCUAUUAUUUUAAUGGACCAUGUUCUGAAGUCAAGCAAGUACUUUUAAGUUGUUUUGUUUUUUUUUUUCUGGUUACAGAAGUAUACUUAUGAGUGUAUUAUUGUAAUUUGGGAUUCUAAAGCUGAGAUAAUCUUGGAGUAUUCUCUUCAAAUAGAUGAAUAGUUUAGCUCCAUGUUGCUGAAAUGUCAGCAUAUACCUCUAUCAAGUAUUCCUGAUUUGGACCGAUAUUUUUGGUAUUUACUGGGUUUUGUUUGUUGUUUUAUUUUGGUGAUAAAGGCCAAACCAUGGAUUUAGAAAACAAAAACAAAGCAAACCAAACAAACCUGACAGCAUGUAAAUGUAGCAACUCUUUUUGCAUUUAUCAUUUCUAAAUUUUCAGUUAGCUUUGAAUGGCCGUUCUUGAAAGUCAUGCUUCCUGUUUAAAUCACAAAGAUAACGGGUAUUGUUAACUGGGCAAGGAGCUGCUAGUCCUUCAUUUGGGUCUUGCUGUCUUGCUGCUUUAGGAAUACCUUUUAAAUACUUAACAAAUUGUAUGCAGGAUUUGGUUUUGCAGUAUGUCAUGCUAUUUUAACAGCAAAAUAUUCAGUCAGUGAGAAUAGUAUGUGCAAUUCUGUUACCUUUUGUGUUGGUAUUAAAAGCUUACACCAUGGAAACUAACAGUGAAUGUUCAUUAGAUCUUUCUUUCAGAGAAUACUGUUAGCAAACUCUUGUGCUUCCCUGUAGGACAGUGCAGAUUUCCACAUUCUGUGAUUCAUGUGCCUAUGGGUUGCAAAACUGGAAAAUCGCACUUUAUGGUGAGUGCGGCCUAACUUUUGUAGUUGGAGAAUUUUAUUUUUUUUUGUUAAGAAGCAACAUCUUCAAAGAUAGAUGAGAAGGUGGUAACUAUUUAAAAGAGUGGAGGUAUUACCAGACAAAAAAUGAUGUGCAAUGCGGAAUUCCUUUCUCAGUUUUUGCAGUCUCAGGAAGUUAAGCUUACUGCUUUGGAGCUCUCUGCUCCUCUCAGAACAAGUAACUAUAUAAUCUUGUUUCUUUGACUAGGAUGACAAUCCUAUCUGUAAGUGAUAACUUGGGUAUGUUUUCAUAGUGGUCAUAAGAAGAGUAAUAUUCUUUUAACUCAAUUUGAACAUUAAAAGAUGCUGAAUUGACACUGUUAGAAUCUGAAGUUCUCUAACUUUGGAACAUGGUCUGUAGAGGCCGUAAGUGUGCCUGAUGGCAAUGUACCCCAUUCCAGCCAUAAAGGGACCAUCUCCAAGGGGAGAGAAUAAAGGUAGUGCACCUUUCAGCAUCACUGCAAGGGUUGCCAGUAAAGGGAUCGGUUUCUGACACAGCUGUACGUUUGUUAGAAGUGGAUUGACACCAAAUGACCAUUUGACAGUACUCACUUUGAAAAUAUAUAAACUGUUGAUGAGAUUUGUGGGCAAUAAGUGUUGUCUUACUCUGCAGAAGAAAUGGGCUAUGAAUAAAUGAUGCGCAACAUAAUACGGUAUUGCUUUCAUACAUGGUCUUCUAAUCUACACAUAGUUAUAUCUCCUUAUAAUAAUGCGGGUUUGUAUUUAAAAAAUUCCCUAGAAGGCUAAUCUUUCACCUAUUGCCAAGAUCUGCUCCCACUGAAGCCAGUAACAAAGAUCUUAUUAACUCCCACAGAAAAAAGUCUUUACUUUCACAUAGUUAUCGUAAAGUUUUAGCAAGCACUGGAGUCACGGGUGUCUUUGCUUUACUCUAGAGCAUUCUGUGCUGGCAUCAGGUGGAUGUAUCUCAUUGCAGGUGUAAUGUUGGUAAACUGGUCCUAUCACUUGUGCAUUUUGACAGUUAGUGACAGUUUUGAUACUCAGAUAAUCUGAAUUCUGCUUUUUAUUUUCUGGGAGAAGAAAUGUUUUAAAAAAAAUCUAUGAUUCCAGUAACAUUUUAUGUGUUUUCUGACAAUUCUCCAUUUCCCAGCUGUGCUGUUUGAAAGGCCAAGGUGUUCUAGCUGUAGAAAUCACUUUCAGCGUUAUCUGCAGGACUGCUACUAAUUGUACCAAAUCCAUUUCAAGUUGGGAGGUGCAGUGGAAGGGCAGCAGCUUUGGGAAUACUGUAAUAAAACCACUUAUGUGGAAAAAUAUUUUUGUGUAGACAGCAGAAAUAAUGGACUUGCACAGAAGACAAUAUUGCUGCUUCAGGCUUGUAAGCCUCCUCAGCGUAACAGGGCUUUGUUCCUUAUGAUCAGAUGCCUUCAUUUUUAGUGCAAGUGGAGGUAUCUCAGACCUUUGUAAAAUCCAGAUAGGCUUUUGUUCCCCCUUAAGGUUUUAGCUGCUAAACACAAGAUGAGAAAUGCAAGUUUGUCUUAAUGCCUGAAUCUCAUCUUUUUGGCAGCCUAAAUCCAUAAACAGCAAAAUCAUUUAUUAAUGCUAGUGUUUUGCCUUUGCAGCACUGCAAGACACUGGCUGGCUUUCUAGAUGUUCAGAUAAUUACUCUCAUCUGUAUAUCUGCCACUGUAACGUGGUCGAGAUAGAUAAACUCACAAAGAGAGACUAGGAAAAAGGUAGAAAGAAUAGGCUGAACUAAACUUCUGUGGAGUGGAAAUGCUAACAUAAUGCUAAUUGAGAAAUUAAAAUGAUUUAAUUCAUGAUAAUACAGAUUUGUCAUACAGAAUGUAAUUUGUUAGUUUGAUAGUAUGCUAUCUCCUAGUGAGGCACUUUUGGAAUGCAAAGUUCUUAAAGUUCAAGCAGCUAUAGGGGAAAAGGAAUCCUUUGAGGAAGAGACAUGUAUAGAUGGCAAGGAGAGCAAAGAAUGCAAGCAGGAAGAGCAGCGUAAUGCAAGAGUCUGACCUGAGCAAGACUGCUAAAACUGAAGCCUCACUGUUUACAAUUUUAGGCCAAUUUGGAUCCCCUCAGUUUAGCAUCAUACAGAAGAUAUGUACUUGUUUAGGUUUGGGGAAUCUUCUUUUCUUGAUCUUGUUUCCACAGUCCAGAAAAAAGUGAGAGGAAUAUAAAGAUAGGAGAGUUACUGCAGAAAGGCAUGAAAAAAUAGCAGUUGCUUUAACCAAGUGCACUGUUGCACUGGGACUUGACCUGCCAAUGUGAACCGAUAGUGCUGUGUCGUGAGGAAAUUGCUAUCUGAGGCCCCAAUAUUUUAAGGCCUCAAUUCUGCUGUCACUUCUGCAUGGGAUUAGCCCUGCAUCUGUAGAGAACCAUGUGGACUUCACAGGAUCUGUGAAGCUCUGCCCCGGCAGUCAGCUGCAGAAUUGUGUCCUUAACGUGCAAUCAGUUGUAGUUAUAAGGCUGUUGAUAUUAAGUGUAAUUUGGGUGCCUGUUACAUAGCCAAAACCCUUGUUACUUCAUUUUCCCAACUAAGGCAUGAGCAGAAGCCCUUUGCUGUAGAACAUAUGUUAAAAAAAAAAAAAAUGUACUUCACAUACGUCUAGUAAAUUAAGGCAUGUGAUUUUGGUCCGUGGGUCUCAACAAACUUUGCUCGUGUACCUGCCUGACUGUUUUCUUAGAUCUGCAGUUCUGUCUCGGUGAGAAGGUAUGGUGGGAUUUGUUUUCCCGAGGGGGCAAAAUAGCAGCUCUCAUCUGCCACGCUGCGGGUGACUGCUUGCUACUGGCCAGGAUCAUGGACGAAUGCAUCCUCUGCACUUCUAUGUGAAGUUGUCUGAAAUAUGGUUAUUAACAUGAAUUAUUGGAAUACUGUAUUUUGUAUAACUUAGAACGUGUAAAUACACUUUUAAAACUAAUCUGUUCUAUGAAGUAAUAAAUAAGUGCUUCCAUUGUAAUAUCUGAAUAUUGUUAAUGCUUCAUGUAGCUUGAUUUGGGAUUAUUUUUUUCCUAGAGAACUACAGAAAUCAAAACGAAGAUUGAUGUUGUGGAGUUCUAGUCUAGUCGUGAUGCUUUCUAUCAACAAAAAAAUGUUUUAAAAGUAAUAAUGAGCUACUUAAGCAGAGAAACUGAGAAUUUGAGGGAAUUGAUUCUCUUCCAGUCUUUCUUUAACAGUAGUCACUGAUGACACUCAUAACUGUACUCUUCCCAUCCCAUUAGCUGGACAGUUGAUCUGUUGUUUGUGAGUAGCAUUUGGAAAGUGGUGAUAUUUAAUUAUUCAUAAAGCCUAGUGACUGCGGAAAACUAAAGGUUGGUUGGUUGUUUUUUUAACUAUUCUUUCUUUUGGCUCAAACAGAUCUGUCUCCACCCUUCAGCCAGAGUGCAGCAAGUUGCAAUGAAAGAGUGAGUUAUUGUUACGGAAGCUCAUUUGUAACCUAGAUAGCCUACAGCUUUAUUAGUUCCCUUAGGUACGUAGAUGACACAGGUAUCCUGUUGUGCUGUGGAGAGAAAGUGAUUAAUGACUUGAGGUUUUGCUGAGUACAUGUUCACUGGAUGCUGCACAGCUGGAACUUUCAUCAGCGUUCAUGACUUUUUCUAUCUCAUGUUAAAAGGAGAAAAAAAAAAAAACAAACAGUGGAAUGAGAAUCAUGAGCAGUCUGCUAGGAAAUAUGAACACUUGGGUUUUGAGAGGGACGUGAGAUUGAACCAUCAGCCUUCAUCUAAAAAGAUUAGCCUGUCAUGACACUUUCUCCAGCCAUAACGUAACUUCUUUGUCUUUAAUGCUGUACUGGAGCAGUCUUCUCUCCAGUAGCAGCUACAUCAGCAGUAUCCCAUAAAUGACAAAGCCACAACAUUUUUUUUGUAGUGGGCAGAGAUGGUGGCGUAUCUUUCUUUUUUUCUUUUUUUUCUUUUUUUUUUCUUUUAGCUCCCCUCUCAGUGUCUCUAGGCUGUAAAAUAGCUAUGAAACAGCUAAGCAUAUGUGCAAAUUAUUCAGAAAGCUCUGUUCUUGUAAAGCUUUUUCAGAGACAUGCAUUUUUUAGCUAAAUAGUUUGAGGGAACUCUUAUAUUUGGCCUGAAAUUCUGUUUCCUCUUGGAUAGAAGUUUUUUUUGGAUUCAGAUGUGACACUGAUCUGUCCCAUUCAUUCAGUGGGAUGGAUGAUAGAUCUGCACGGUAUUUAUAUAAGAUAUAAAUCUGAUCUUAGUUUUACUGCCUGUUAUAUUGUUUAAUCUCUUGGAUAUCUAUUCCUUGAGGUUGUCUAUAUAAUUCCUGUAAAUGUAGCUGCUUUUUGAAGCAGUCCAUCAAGUGCAUUUGAGAUCAUCCUGACUGAAAGAUUCUAUAGAAAUGAAAGAGAUAAUAAAGAUUGUAAAGCGGCUGGGUAAAACUGUAUUGCCAUAAAUGGUUUUAAUUUAUAUAUGAGUCUUUUGUCCCAAACUGCUUAUUUUGUACAUAAACCUACACACUCCUGGCAGCUGAUGGGUAAAAAUAAAGGUGCUUAAACAGCAAUCUAAUGAGGAAAGGGCAUUUCACUGUUGCGGAGUUGGUAUUAUUUUAUAUUUCCAUUUAUUACACUUUUUUAAAUGUAUAAACCAGAGAUUUGAAUUCUCAAAGUCUUCAGCUUGGAUUUUGUGAGUAGUUUAAAUCCUCUCACCUCUCUGCUCGUAACUGGUUUUUAAGAAAAAGAAAAGCUUUUGUUUAAAAUGUAAAAUUUUGACUGUAUUAAAUUCUGUUAGUACCCUUCCUUUUUAAGAAAUAAAACGUAUAUUCCACUA